AAUUUUAACUUGUUUGAAAAGCGUACUCUGGGUAGACUGUAGGUAAUAGCUGUUGCUGCUGCUGCUGCUCUCUAUAUACUAUACCAUUGCAACGCUACUAUAGUGCUGGAGAACACUCGCGCGCGCUCCCUAGAAAGAUCGGUUGUCUUCAACCAGCUGCGAGGUUUCUUCAAAUUUUAUCAUCAAACCAAUUGACUAAUUUUAUGUGCGUGAGUGACUAUUGGUUUUGUUUCGGAUUUACCAUUUUGUUAAAAUCCAUCAUGUGUUUUCAAGAAGCUUAGAGUUUUAUUCAAAUGCCGCAAUAUUGUUGUGAACGCAAGCCUACACCUAACCUGAAAUUAUUGAAGAAUACAUCCCUACUCUCAACUAUAUAAACUUUUUAAAACUCUUUCAACUUUUUUCAUUCCUUGAUAGGUGCAUUGAGUUCCAAACUUUUCGCUCAAGCACAAUUAAACUUUUUCAUGAAUGUUUUAAAGGAUUAUGGUUGUAUUGUGCGCGACAUUUUGUUCAAAUUACUGGAUUUUUAUUAUGCAAAAAAUUAUUAACAAUUCGUUUUUAACCUUAUUUAUGUAAAAAAGUAUCAGUAUAUUGUCUGCUAUAUAUUCUGUAUAUUUUUUAUACAAAUUAAAAUGUGUGUAUAUAGAAAUAUAAAUAAAUAAAUAUAUAUACAUAUUUAUAUAUGUUGCGUGGGUGUGCGCGCCGUAUGUGUGUGCGCCACAAAUAUAAUACAAAAUGAACAUUCAUUUUCUAUGCUAAAAUUCACUGCUCGUUUUUUAAUUAAAGAAUUGCAAAAAACAAUAUAUAUAUAUAUAUUAAUAAUAAAGUGCAAGUGAGAGUGGUGUAAUUGUGGCACGCGCAAUGACCGACAAAAGGUGACAAAGUGGAGUAUCUGAACAUCUGUUAGCAUCGAGGGACGCGAGUGAAAGCAAGCCGUCUUCAUCAUCUUAUUGCUAUUAUCAUUGACAGCAUUAUCAUUACCCUCACAAUCAGUAUUGAAAUAAAAGAUUUAUUUCAGGACCUAACAUAUGAACUAAAUAUACUAGUGUCGUGUCAUUCAUAGUAGACACUAAUUAUAAUCUCACCAUUGACUUUACUCUUCGUUGUGCUUUCGAGAUUAAGUGUUUACAUAUUUAAAUGCACUUUAUGCAUCAACUAUUUGCAACCAGAAAAUGCUCCGUAUAAAAUCUAAUUGCUCUUUUUUUUAAAAGUUACCCAUGUUAAAACAACGAUUCAAGAGGAGUUUAUGAUGUCUCUCAGUUAUGUAUAGGUUCGUUGGAGUUUUUUAAGAACCGAAAACUGAUGUUAAGCUAUAAUCUAUUUACAUUGUCUAGUCAGCAAAGGAAUCCGCAUUAGAAAAGAACUACCAUAAAAGAAAGGGAAUAGUUUUGGGCUCAAGAUGGAUUUAACUGAAGCUUUUACUCCCGGUGGUGGUGGCAGCGGGGUUGUAGUUACUGAAGAUAUGGAAAAAACAGAUUUCUUUGAUUUUGUUGUUUCACCACAAUCUUUGUCAUCAGCUCAAGGAACUCAGUCAGUACCCCCUCAUUGUACUUCAAUUGAAACUAAUGAAGAGAGUAUUUUGCGUCAAACACAAAACUGUAGGGCCUUGGAUUUUUUACAUAAUCGACAGUUAGGUAUGGAAGAUACCGAACGCGUAUUGCCUUUCAUUAAAGAAACAAAUAACAAUACUCUGACUGCAUUACCACCGGUUUCUACAAUUACCAGUUCUUUGAGUCAGCAUUCUAGAAAUAAUAAUUGCGAUAAUAAUGAUCAUAUUUCAAUGGAACAUUCUGACUGUGAUUAUUGGAGCGCUGUUGGAGAUAAUAAAGACUCAGCAUGUAAUAUUCUUCUUGAAGAUUUAAAUAAAUACUGUUGGUCUACGCACCAUACGGAUUGCCAUCAUUCACUUGUAGGUCAGUCUGCCGAUGCUUCUAUUGAUUUACAUCAACAAGUUAAUGAUUCUGUAUCAACUGCUUGUAGUGACAAUGGUAGACAGAAUACAGAUGGCGCCAUUUAUACUUUGACUGUACUCAACAAUGAAACUGAUUCGAUGGAUGCGUUGGACUGCUGCAAGAGUCCAGUUCCGACAGUUUCCGACACGUGGUCUCUGAGACCCAAUCUUGACCUGGACGCGAUUCUUAGCUUAGAGCCUGCAACAACGGAACAACAAGACCAUGAAAGAAUUGGAAUAGAUUCUUCUGGAAACUCCUUUCACACGUCAAAUCAUCCAAGCACUCAUUACUCCACGGACGAUGGGAAUUUUGUCGACAGCAAAGAAUUACCGAGAUUGCAACCGAACCCUUUAGGUGACAACAAUAAUGACUGGAAGCUAUCUGAUCAAAACCACUUAAAUGAAUCGACAGUUGCAACAGCAACAGUCUCUGCUGUUGUUUCAGAUUCUGCAGAGAGUUUACUUAGAAGCGCUCUUCAAGGAAAGUUAUACACAACAUGUUCUUCUGCUCCUGUUUUGGUGUCCUCAUCCUCAACAUCUCAAGCUAAUUCUACUAUAUCCUUAACAGCUUCCUCCACUGGCAGUACAUUGCAACUUAUUGCCGAUCAACAUCUCCAUCAACAUCAGCAGCAAGAUCAUUUGGAAGAGGAAGUAAUAAACACCGAUGAAGAUCUAAUAUUAUCUCACUUAGACACACCUACAUAUCGGCCAGGAGAAUAUGAAAAGCUGAAGAAUAUUGCGAACGAAGUGGUUGAGUCCUACUGCAGUUUGGAACCUGUUUGCAACGUUGCUGCCACAACAGUUAUGUACACCUUGGAUCCAAGCAGUGGUAGUCUCGGAACUAUCACUUUGCCAGCUGAUUUGAGCCAAGUUGGAACUGUAACAGUGGUGACAGCAAGCAGCCUCGCUGCUCAACAAGAGAUUCUACAACAAGCCGUCAGCACCCGAUCAGACAUUUCGGAAUCAAUCCAGCAGCAAGUAACAUCUAACCAGAUAACGAAUGCAAGGGUGACUACUAGUGGGAGUACCAGCUCGACUACAAAGUCCGGCAAGAAAUACUGCAGACGCAAGAACAAUAGCACAAACAAUUCCAAUACUGGAGCGGCUAAUGCGUCAUCGUCUUCCUCUCUUCUAAGUAGCAAUAAUAGCAUUAAUAGUAGUAGUGGUAAUAGUAACAAUAACUCUAAUCAACAACAAUCUGGACAGCCCAGUGGUUCUCCUAGUAGUGUUCAAAGGAAAGAAAGAUCUCUUCAUUACUGCAGUAUUUGCAGUAAAGGUUUUAAGGAUAAAUAUAGUGUAAACGUGCACAUUAGGACACACACUGGAGAGAAGCCUUUUGCUUGUUCACUAUGUGGAAAGAGCUUCCGACAGAAAGCUCAUUUAGCCAAACAUUACCAGACACAUGUAGCACAAAAGCCAAAUGUUGCCAACGCCAACAACAAUAAUGCAAGCACUAGUACAACUAGCAAUAGCAAUAACAAUAGUAAUAGUAAUAGUAGUAGUUGUAGUAAUAACAAUAACAGUAGCAACAAUAAUUCUUCUGCCGAUUUGUCAACGGGAAGGACACAACCACAACUUGUUACUACCAUUGCAGCCAGUUGUAAUCCAACUUGCAAUUGAUUUAUCUGAGUGAUGAGCGGUGUAAAAAAUUAUUGAAAGAUACACAAUGUGUUCUACGCCUUAAAAAUAUGGUACUCCUUUUUUACUUUUUUAUUUUUUUAUCUGUAGCAAGUGAAAUGCGUCGAGAAUCUCCUGUUUCAUAAAUAAUAAAUGUAAAAACAUUUCACUCAUUUUUUACAUUGUGUUCUUCCCGAGAUUUUCAGUUUUUUCAUAUUUUUUGAGCGAGACUCACUCGACGUGCAUCACUAUCUGAAACAUUCGCUCAAAUCUUAUUUUAAAUGACUUUAAAAGAGCUUAUUCUAUAUCAAUUUGCCUCCUCUUUUAAUUAAUUGAUUAAUUAAUUGAUAUUGAGUUAUUUUAAUAAUAAAUUAUUUAAUAAUACUCCUUUUUAGAAAGAGCAGCAACUCUUUGGGUUAAAAAACUGUUACUCCUACUUUGAUAAUAACAAUUAAAAAUCUUUAUUAACAGAAAUGCAAUAUCAAAGUCUUUUAGAAUACAAUUCACUGUUAAUUAUAAUUAAACGUGUUUCAUAGAAGCAUACAUUGUAUUUACAAUUUUAUUAUUAUCGUUUUCCUUAUUUUUCGUUUCUCUUAUCGUAAAUCUCUAUAUCAAAUUAUUGUAUUGUUAGUAAAAAAUUAUGUAUUUUAUUGAUUGAACCAAUGCAACGAAUAUAUAAUCUAUGAUAACUUUCUAAUGAAGUGAAAUUAUUAUAUUUACUUUAAUAUUUAUUAAUUUAAAUUUUCUUUUAAGUAAAUAACUUUAGUUUAUUUUAUAUGUAUAACACAUUUUCAUUAUGUAUUGAUGCGUUUGUUCCUCUGUGGAAACCAAAUUUGACUACAUUAUUGCUACAUAUAAAUAAUAUCAUAACUUAACAAUAUACACGUAUUGUUAUUAGACUUUUAUUAUAUUCAUAACAAAUGUAAGGAACAAUUAUUAGCACAAACUGUGAUUUAGAUACAAUAUUUGUCUACGUUGUCAAUGGUUUUAAAAGAGAUUUUUAAUAAAGCUUUUUAUUUGUACUUAUAAAGUUUAUUAGUAGUAGGAAAAUAUGCUUUCCUAAAUAUUGAGAAUUAUUUAAUUCAUAAAGCACUUAUGUUACUCAAGAUUUUUAUACAAUUUAUUUUAGUGAAAAUUUAUACCUUUGACAUUACUUUAAUAAAAUAUAAUUUAGUUUUAUUGAGAACUGUUCAAAUUUUUCAUCUUUAGAAAAUCUGAAGAAAGCAAAUCUUAUCCCUUCAUUUAUUGCUCCUAUAGAAUCUUUCAACAGUACAAAACUUUAUUAAAUUAUUUUUUAAUCGUCAACUUGAUUCAAUUUCUUUUUUAAUAUUUAGUUAAUUUUAUUAAUAAUUAGGUAUACAAAAUAGUAAAUAUACAUUUAUGAACAAUUUUGUUUCUUCUUUUAAAUUUAUUAACAUACAUAUAUACCCCCACCACAACAUCUAAACUUGCAGCAACAUUGACAAUAUUGCCGCAAGUUUCACAAUAUUGAAACUGUCCUAAAAAUUUAUUAAAGAUUUACUUGCAAACUUGGAAAAAUUUACUUGUAAAGUUUAGUGAAAAUUGUGUAAUGAUUUAAAUGUCCCACUUCAAUAUAAAUGUUUAUCGUCAAAUUUUCCUAAAAAUUUAGCUUAACUUUUCUGAACAUUUAAAUUAAAUUUUCGACUUCUCUCUUAUAAGCGAAAAUGUAGCAUACAUUUUUCAGGAAAGUUUCACGCUAAACAUUUAUUGAAGUGGGACAUUUAAAUCUUUACAAAAUUUUCACUAAACUUUGCAAGUAACUAAUUCGAAAUUCGCAAGUAAAACUUUAAUGAAUUUUUAGGAAAGUUUCGGUGCUGUGUGGAUUUAGAUGCUGUAGAGGUAAUAAUUUAUUAAUUUAAAAAGAAAAAAAAUGUUAUUUGUGAUUUGUCACCUAUAUUUCUGACCAGCGCAGAUGUCUAGGUCAGUGUUUUAUAUUUUCUUUGCGUCAUAUAUUAUUGUGAUUAUUAACAUCUCAUAAGAUAUUAAUACAUAAUAAUACGUAUAAUUAGAUAAACUUAAAUAUAAUAAUUUUAAUGAUUAUGUAAAUUGGUUAAAACUAACUUCUAGUGGUUAAAAGCUAUCGAUCUACCCUAAUUACAAUUGAUUCAAGUAGAGUUUAAACUGUUACUAUAUUUUCUAGUCUUAACGAAAUUAUGCGGAUAAUAUGACGUAAGUAUAUAUUAUGUAUUUUCAGCAUUUCUACUUUUAGCUUAGAAAUGUAAUAAGUUUGUAAUAACCUUGUCAAGUAAAACUAAACUGUGUGUUUUUUUCGAUUUAAAUACAAGGAAAAUGUAACUCAAAUUUUUUUGCAGAUUGCACUUAAAAAAGAAUUUUUUGAUUUAUACGAAAUAUGUAAUACCUAUGCAAUUGAGGAGCUUGAUUCUAGAACCCAGCUCCUCAAUUGACCUGCAAGACAAUCAAAAUGUUUCACAAUGACAAUGUUUAUUAACAUGCUUCACAUUUAAUUACACGUGAUUAAUAAUGUGUUUAACCGAUAAAAGUUCCUUAAGGCUGCGUCUACAAUAGAAAAAAAUAAUGUGUAGAAAAAUGUGUAAUUUGUAGUGUAAUGUGUAUUGUUUUUAGCACUGCCAACUGUCAGGGUCGAUUACACUAUACAUAACACAAUUUUCUACACAUUAUUUUUUCUGUUGUAGACGCAGCCUAAUAACUAUUAAAAAUACUGACAAUUGUAAAAAUAUAUAAGGUAAAUGUCCCUAUUUGUGGACUACUUAAAUUUCUACUACACUUAAAAGUGAAUAAAAAAUGCCUUUUAUGUUUUUUUUUAUAAAAAUAUUUUUUUACUAUAAGAAGAUAUAUUGAUUUUUAAAGCAAAUAUGACUUUAAAUCAAUUGUUUUAUUGUCAAAAUAUAGAAAUUAUUGUGUUUUUAUGAAAAAAGGUUAAUGUACUAAUUUGUGAAUCGAUUAGUAUUUUUCAUGAAAACGCUAUAAGCACCAGCUGUUUAAAAUAGUUAUUUUCGUAUUAAGGGCGCAAAAUAGGUGAUUGUGGCGAAGGCGAGAUUAGGGAAACCAAUGGGACCCGAAGGGUAUAGAGUCGCCGAGGUUUCCCCAUAAUCUCGCCUGAGACUCUAUCACCUUUUGCGCCCGUGCUGCGAACAACAUUUUUUGUUCUGCUGCAUGGAAAGUGUGUUAUUAAGUGCACACACAUUUGAAUGAAUUGUUUCUUUGUUCCAUAUUGUUAAAAAUGACAUGUUAUGCCAUUUUCCAAAAGUUAAGGUCACUGGAUGCACAAAUGAGCGAAAAAAUAUUUUACGCCCGCUUCUGUAAUGGCUGCGGGCAGGAAUGUAUUUUGCGCCCGCUCUCCAUACCUCUGGGCGGGAAUCACUUACUUUGCGCCCGCCGCCUCAUGUGCACGAAAUAACACACUUUACGUGCAGGCAGGACAAAAAAGUAUAAAGAUAGGCAAAUAUAAAUUUUUAAAGGUAAUAAUUUAAAAGAAUUUUUAAGUGUUGUUU